AUGGGUGAGUUUAUGAAACCAAAGAAAGUAGUCCUUGCCCUUGCUGGGCGUUACUCUGGACGCAAAGCUGUUAUUGUUAAUAAUAUGGAUGGUGGCACCUCUGACUGCCCUUACAGGCAUGCUCUGCUGGCUGGCAUUGAUCGCUACCCACACAAAGUGAUGGCCAGCAUGGGGAAGAAGAAGAAGAAGAAGAAGAAGAAGAAGAAGAAGAAGAAGAAGAAGAAGAAGAAGAAGAACAUUCUACCAUAUGUGGUGGAUAUACCAAUAGAUGUUUUAUUGCUUAACGAGGAUGUCUUUAGGGACCCUGCGCUGAAUUGUAAAGCCUGGCAAGAGGCCAAAAUGAAAUUUGAGGAGAGAUACAGGACAGGCAAGAACAAAUGGUUUUUCCAGAAGCUCAAAUUCUGA